AUGAGUGACAUCUGCUCAACCACCCAUGCCGGCCAACAACUCGCCUGCAACGACCUAGUCCCUGUUUCAACCACAACCCCAGUUGCAUCUGGGAGCACCAUCAGAAAUCUACAGAGCCCAUCCAUCACAACAGCCUUUUCUACAAACAACGCUGUCUCCAACAAAAGCUCAGACAAAAUGGGGAGUUUGAAGCCACGUCUUCGAAGCCCUUCCUCAACACCACAUUUCACUCCCAGGGCCGAGUCACCGGAGUUCAAUAGAUGCAAGUACCCGAGGGAUCCACAUAACCAAGCCUAUGGUCCCUUGAGAUUCCACAGCCGAUACGCGCUCAGCCGCUCUGAGCUUUAUGCAAACGCCGACCAACAGGAGCAACAAACGCAGUACUCCGUAUCUGCCAGGUGUGCUUCAACCAUAGCUGACCCGACGUUUGAAGGUCGAUCCCAGCAGGCCGCACUCGAUUCAACAACACCGGGUAUCUAUCAGGACACCGGUCUUCAUGAAGCUGUCCUCGGAGCCUCGACAUUGCCGAGUCGACAAUAA